UCAGAACAAGUACAAUCAGAACAAGUACAGUCUGAACAAGUACAGUCAGAACAAGUACAGUCUGAACAAGUACAGUCAGAACAAGUACAGUCAGAACAAGUACAGUCUGAACAAGUACAAUCAGAACAAGUACAGUCAGAACAAGUACAGUCAGAACAAGUACAGUCAGAACAAGUACAGUCAGAACAAGUACAGUCAGAACAAGUACAGUCAGAACAAGUACAGUCAGAACAAGUACAGUCAGAACAAGUACAGUCAGAACAAGUACAGUCAGAACAAGUACAGUCAGAACAAGUACAGUCAGAACAAGUACAGUCAGAACAAGUACAGUCAGAACAAGUACAGUCUGAACAAAUACAGUCAGAACAAGUACAAUCAGAACAAGUACAGUCAGAACAAGUACAGUCAGAACAAGUACAGUCAGAACAAGUACAGUCAGAACAAGUACAGUCAGAACAAGUACAGUCAGAACAAGUACAAUCAGAACAAGUACAGUCUGAACAAGUACAGUCAGAACAAGUACAGUCUGAACAAGUACAGUCAGAACAAGUACAGUCAGAACAAGUACAGUCAGAACAAGUACAGUCAGAACAAAUACAGUCUGAACAAGUACAGUCAGAACAAGUACAGUCAGAACAAGUACAGUCUGAACAAGUACAGUCUGAACAAGUACAGUCUGAACAAGUACAGUCUGAACAAGUACAGUCUGAACAAAUACAGUCUGAACAAGUACAGUCUGAACAAGUACAGUCUGAACAAGUACAGUCUGAACAAGUACAGUCAGAACAAGUACAGUCAGAACAAGUACAGUCUGAACAAGUACAGUCUGAACAAGUACAGUCUGAGGAAAACAUGACUUGGUUACGUCAUCUGGAAAAGGAAUUGAAAGCUAUGAAGACAUUCGCCAUUAUCGUUGGAAUCUUGACAAUUUGUUUUGUUCGCGAACGUGAUUUGUAUUUCUGA